UCAAAUUCUACAGGAAAAUUUUUCAAAUAUAUUCUCAUUCAUAUACAUCCGUAUUUUGAUACGCUCACAAUUUUUUAACUUCCAUAUUUUCAACCCCAACAUUAGCCUUCAUCACCUGAUCUGAAAAACCUGCGCGAUGGUUCGAACUUCAGGGCAAAAAGUUUAUCCAAGUAAGUCUGAAGCCGACGGUGAGAUAGGAACAUAAAAUCGAGAAAUACUUUCGCCUCACCAAACGUAUUCAAUCGUAUAGCCCGAAAUGGAAGUAGAAGAAAUCUUGCUUGAAUUGGAGAAGAGUGGAAGAGACGGAAGCCUACAAAUUUUUAGAAAAAUGAUAACUUGCGGAACAGUUCCAUGUUGUCAAGUGGAAACUGCAGGAAUAGCCACGGGAGAGAAAACUACAUGGGAAGCAGUUUUAAAAAAAUUGUUGGAAAUUUUGGCUAACAGUCGAGAUUACGGGAAAGAGCAAAUUUUGCUUAUUCCACAUGCAUUUCUAGUGGUGUUAUCUAAACAAUAUAAGUUGGAACAAUUCAUAAAUAUUUUGAAAAGUUACUUAUUUCUGGAUAAUAAUUUCUCACGUUCUUUCGAUACGGAUUAUCAAAUCAAUGAUAUCAAUUUCUUCAAGUUGCUAAUUACUCACGGCUAUUUACAAGUUAAUCGCAAAGAGAUUUACGUCGAAGAAUUAUUGGAAUUAACUUUUGGAGUUUUGUAUUGCAACUGCGUACGAUACACAAGAUAUACCCAUCUUGCUUAUAAGGUAUUAGAAAAGUGGCUUAAGCGAACAUGUGAAACUGAUUUUUGGAACAAUGAUCACCCUAACGUGGAGAAACAAUUAGAGGUAAUUAUUUACUCGAACUGGGACAACUCGAUUAAAGAAGUGAGCAAACAGAAUUCAACGACGAUUUUCAAUCAAUAUCUGAGAAUCAUGAACAGAAAGUAUCAAGGUUUCAUUGAAUUUGUAUUCAAUGAUUGUCUCCACAACACGUCUUGGUCAAAUGAGUCAAAAUAUGUCAUAUUGUCCGAGAUUUGUGACGUUUGGGAAAAUGUUGAAGCUCUAAUGGAAGCGAAUUUUGUUCAAUCCAUGCUCACGAGCUUAACAAAAAAUUAUUUACGCUCUUCAGGAACUAAAUUAUAUAACGCAAUAACGAAUAAGCUUAGCGAUGAUCAGUGGAAAAAUGCAUUUGGAAUCCCUAUUAGUAUCAUGGUACUGCAAUGGGGAUCCGGACCACAAAAGGAUCAUCAAGCGCUCCAAUUCCUCUGUACUCAGUGGCUAGAACCAACGGUAAAAAAACGUCGCUUUCUUUUAAAUUUCCUGUGGGAACUGAAUGAAGACGUACCCGAUGUUUUAUUCCGUUCACAUCUGGCAAGAAUCUCUUCGGAAACAAGAAUUAUUUUGAAAACAGAUUCGCUUCCAAAUCUCUCACAAUCAGACCAUUGCGAUGAAAAUUUAAGAUUGAACAGCUUUGCUGCACACUGUCAAAAAAAUAUCUCUACUCACAAUAACGAUCUACAGAAUCAUUUUAAAAGUGUGAAGUAUUUUUUGUUUUAUAAUGCGAACUCUAGUUCAACAUUUUUGAGACGCGGUAUUAUCAAAUAUUUUAAACUAUUCCUUCUCAAUUUAUUGAAAUUGUGUAAUGUAAAAGAAAAUCUCGAUGACGAAGUAAUUUGUUUUUUCAAUUGGUUGCACAAUUUUCUUUUGGAUUCCUUUGAAAUUGGUUCAUGUUACCAGAGAAAAGUGUUGGGUCUAAAACUGUACGAUUUGAUCUUAUUUUAUACUAAUGAAAGAGUACUAAAUAUCGAACUGAAAAGUGACCCUCGAUAUAGAGAAGAUUUAUGUAACGGAUUUGAGACAAAACGAAAGUUGGAAAAAUUUGGAAAAUGGACAUUUACUUGCAAACGGAGUUUGCUCUGGUUACUGAAAUUGAUUUUGGAUCCGUCAGUUGACAUCAGGGAAAUUUCUACGGAAAUCAUAAUAGAGCAUUUCGAAGAAAAUUCAUUAGAAGCGACUGAAAAAAAGGUUUUAUUCGAUAUAGCAAUAUCAAAGUGCAGUUCAGCCAAAUUCUAUGAAACAGAAAGCGGAUCAAUGUUCCUGAGAAUACUUUCGAAAUGGUUUCCAUUCAAGGAAUUGAUUGCCAAAAUAGAAAACGAAGAUUCUUUUGAGCUCCAUAAAUCUUUGAAGCUCCACACCGGAUAUACGGAGUAUUUUUUACAUGAAGCCAAAAAUCAACUGUACCAUCUGAGGCAGGAUAUUUUGAAAGCCGCUGCACAAAAUUCACCAUUCCACGGCGUUUUGACCGCGUUAUUGAACGUUGGUUUUCGAAACAAUUUGAGCAAAGAAUCAAUCAAUGAGGAAUUUUUAAAAAAUUUAUUAGCACUUUUGGAGGAUGCAGUGCAUUUUUUAUUGUCAUUAUUGUCUUCGAAAUCAACCUCUUGCGAAUUAUCGUCGUCUUUCGCUGAGGUUGGUCUGGCGAUCAAUGAGACUGUACAAGACAGCGAAAUUUGUGAUGAAUAUGACGACAUUGUAUUAUCACCGGCAUAUCAAGUAGUUAUUACUUGCAUUUGGAUAUCUUUGAAGGUUUCAUGUGAAUUAUCGAGCGAAAUUGGAAUGCUUACGAUUUCGUCUGAAACGGUAGAACGUUCUGCAAAUCUCAUAACUUCGGUUCUGAUGAAAUGUCGUCACAAAGGUGCCAUUGAAGCCGCUGGAGUAGCAAUUGGUCUCUUAACAAGAAAAUUGGUAAACGUUAUGGAAUACAAGAAUCUUCCAGAAGAAUGGUUGAAUAAUCUAAUUUCAAGCAACAAGAUCACCCCGAAUUUAACUCGACGAAGUGCAGGAUUAUCAAUAAUGUUUCAUCGAAUUGUCGCUAAUGAUACUAGGCACGGAAAACCAAUUGUACAUAUCGCAGUCAGAAAUCUACUAGACUUACUAGAUAAUAACGAAGAAACUACGAUCGAGAAUGAAUCUUACCAAGAUUUACCACGUGCUAAACACUUGCAUUUUCUUCAAAGGCUAGUUGCAGACAGCGAUUUACAUGCCCAAGUGGUUCCUUAUCUGGAAAGAAUUACAAUGACGUGUUUCAAAAACCUCGAAUCAGAAAUUUGGACUGUACGCAAUGCGAGUCUCCAAUUAUUCGGAGUGAUAGUUCCAAGAAUAACUGGCCAGCACAGAGGUGGGCAAACAUUGGAAUUUGGUAAUGGCUAUUCUGUUGAACAUUUCAUAACUCACUAUGAAAAAUUAGCGAAUCAUUUAUUCAUGGAAUUAAAAAAUGCUGCAUUCUGGAACAAUGAUUUAAAUACAACUUUGAAAAUACAUUCGGCAGUUGUGCCGAGUUUAAUUCUUUUCACUAGGAUGUCUACAGGCGGAUCAGAUCUAAUAGAUUACUCUUCGAAGACGUACAUAGUCGAGGUAAAAUAUUACCUAAAAAUUUUAUUUGCCAGUUCAAUUGGGAACGUGAGAUUAUUAGCUGCAAAAGCUUACACUGCAUUAGUUGAAUUUCCUUGGUUGACUCAGGAACUCGAAAACUUGAAACAAGAUCUCCAAAAAAGAAAUCAUCCCAAUAUUGCACAUGGCUACAGAUGUGCAAUAAAAUAUCUCGGUGAAAGAUUAAAAGUAGAAAAUAACGUCGAUUUUGUCUCAUCGGCAUCUAAUGACGUUUUGCGGGAAAGCCUUCUUGAUCUAACUGGUACUAACAUUUUGAUAGAAAAAGGUCAAUCAAUGGCUGAAAUAUUGGAAUACUUUUACAUUAAAGCACUCGAUGAUGACGAGGUUGUUCGUAUGUCAGCAGCCGAAUGCUUAGUGUAUUUAUUCAUGAAUUUUGGCGAAAUUGAAAAUGUAGAAAAAUUAAAAAUCCUUAGGAUAUGUUUGUCACUAUUGAAGGACGAAGCAUCGGACAUAAGAGAAAUAACUAGGACGAGUCUCGUUAACAUUUUAAAGCAUGGCAAAAAUGCUGUUCCUCUAUUAGGUGAGAUUCUGUAUUAUAGAAUCUUGAGUGAUAUAAUAAUGAAUGAAGGCAACUAUGCUAAUUAUUUGAAUAUCGAAGUGGUUGACUUUUUUCUAGACUGCAUAGAAUCUAUAAAUUGCGGGAAAGAAAGUACGACUCUGGUCGAGAGCCCUUUUGAUCACGAAGCAGACGCAACAUCUGCCGAAGAAACAAAGCUAUUGAACAUCCUAUUUUACGGUAUGUCAAUUUUGAAAGAGAUCAAAGCACUAAAAAAUUAUCCAUUACACGACCAAAACCGAACUUCAAUCGAUUUUGAUUGUCUCAUGCAAAGUAAUAUCAAAUUCCACUCAAAAACUAGAAUAGAUUUCACCGAUUUGAAGACAAUUUUAGAUCUAAGUUACAACGAUUACAUGACGAUUAAAAAAAAUGUUGCUCUCGAAUUAUGCAAGUCAAUUUCAAUUAGAUGAUCACGUGUGAUAGUUCAGAUGAAAAAUUAUAUCAACUUCAACGACGUAAACAACGUGCCGUACCUUAUUUAUUUUCGAACUACGUGGAAUAAAAUGCAGAAGUGAAAAGUAAAAAAAAAAAACAGAUAAUUAAAAUCCGACAUAGUUAUAAGUAUCUAUAAAAUAUGUUUAUUUUAUCAUAAAUAUAAAAACAGGACUCAUAUAAAUUAAUUGAUAUCUGUUGUACAAAUUAGUUGAAUUCAAACUGUAUUGAUGAAAUGAAAUAAUUAAACAUUGAAAUCGGCAUUCUAUAAUUCACAAUUGAAAUGUAAAAAAAAAAUACCUGAACAUUCUCUUGUAACUUGGCUUGAAAAAAAAGGAGAAAAAAAAAUUAAAAAAAUAAAUCGCAUAGAAUAGUCCUGAGAGUAAUUAUAAAAUAUAGUAACUUAAGUGAAGGUGAAACUGAUACAAAUGUACAAUUACGUUAAGGAUUAUGUUUCUUUCUUUUUUUCUUUAUAACUUAUCAUCAUCUUUCAUAAAUAAAAUGCAUAUUUUCUUUUA